UGCGAUUGAUUUGAACUUAUUGAUCACGUGCUUAAAGGCAAUUGUGAGCUUUGUAUACUGUAUAAAAGCAUGUUUUAAGGUGUUAAAAAUCUGUAAGUUAUCUAAAAUUAUAAAUAUUUUAUUUUAUCACUCUUUCCUUAUAUUUUGAGAUACUCUUAGUCUUAGUAUCUAACUUUUAAAAGUCUUUAAUAGUAAGAACUAUCAAAAAAUGUUAUUAUAGUCUUAUGCAUUAUUAUUUAAUAUAGAGAAAUAUGACAUGAAUUUUAAGUUACACUAAAUUUAAAAGUAGCUCAUAAAAUAACACAAGUAUAGUUAAACAUUCGCAUAAUUAAAACAAUGCCAAUUAAAAUAAUUUUCAAAUUCAAACUAGGCUAAUUAAGAUUUUUACCUCUUGAAUUUUGACAUGUACCAAAUCAUGCCCCAUGAACUUUUAGAACCGUUAAAAAUUCUCCGAAACUAUUGAGAUUGUUGGAUUUAAGUGUCCAAUUUUAGUAAGGAAAGUCUACAAUGGACGGAAGUUCAAGGACAUGAUUUGGCACAUGUCAAAGUUAGAGGAUCAUGAUUUGGUAAAUAUAAAAGUCUGGAGAGCAUGAUUUAGUAUAUAAACAAUCAUCGAAUUAGUAAAAUUGAAUGAAAUUAGACAGAAGUCCUUAAAUCUAACAAUCUCAAUAGUUCAAUGAGAAUUUUUAGCGACCAUAAAAGUUCACAAGUGCUCUAACCUUAUAACUACUUUUCUGAUCUUUAAAAAUGAGCUAGAGGAACUCUCCUUAUAUAGGUGAAGGAUGUCCUAUUAAAUAUGAAUAAAAUAAUCCAAAAAUAUGAAAAAUACAUUUAGGUUAUUUUUGACCGUAGAUGAUGAUCCAAUGGUGAAAUUUAACUUCUAAGGUUGAUUGUCAAUUUUUGGAGUUCGAGUCGCGACGGUGGGACCCGCUCUAGGUAAGUUGUAGUUUAAAUUUGUCACUCCCUUGGGAUGAAAUUUGGAGUCGAUAGCUUCAGAAUUGCGAUUGAAGUGUAGGAGAACAAAUGAUAGAGCAUUGAAAUAGCUUGGAAAUGCAAGUUUAAUCGCAUAAAUUGGAUAAAUAUUAAGUGAGUUAUGGUCGUUUUACUGAAGGUUGUUCUGGGCCAGUGCCCAAGUUGACAUCCUAGCGCCCAGAUUGACAUGUGAGUGAGAAAAAGCAUCAGGGGUUUAAUUUUUGAUGCCUAAGUGAUAUUUUGACAUCACUUAGUCCAUUUUUGUAUUAUGGCAAAGUUGGUCACUAGUUCUCGAAGAUGUUGUUGUUCUGCAGAAACGAGAGACUCAAAACUACCCGGUUUCCCAAUAAAUCACCUUGUCGGAAAAGUGAAAAUAUGAAGUUGUGAAUUUGGUUGUUCUGACUUCAUGGCUCUCAGUUAUUGUGAAAAACUAGACGAACAGUCGAGAUGGAAUUAAAAUCCGAUAAGUAGAACCCAAUGCACCAAGUCAUAUGUCAACCCGAGCGUUGGGUGCUUAUUUCAGAGCUUCCAGGAUUUUAUUUUGAUGCUUCCAAGGUUCUAGAACUUGAGGACAGGGUUUCCCACCUCGCUUUUGACCAUUUAAGGGAGAAUUCUUGGAGCAAAAUUGGCAUUUGACUGAUCGAAACCAGCACACCAUGUUAUUUUUGAUUUCUCCCCGAGUUUGCAUGUAUCUUCGUUAUUUUUGAUGACGUAAAAAGUGUUCGGUACAAUUUUUUUGGGAAAGUAAUUGGAAAUGGCCUAGGUUAAAAAUAUCUCGACUUGCGCGCUGGCCCAGCACCAGGUGUCACCCUGGGCGGUUGGUCCACUUUCAGGCCACUUGGAAGUUCCUUUUGGUCUCUGAAAAUAGUUGAAUCUUAAUCUUUGGCGAAAACAGAGAACAUGCCCAUACGACUUUUUGAAAAAACUCCUCGAAAUUGGCCCAGGUUAACAAAAUGUCAACCUGGGUGUUGGUCCCUUGUUCUAACACCCAGUAUGUAUUUUUUUUUAUGAAUACGAAGAAGAUGCAUGAGUUAGAUUUUUUUAUCUAAUGCUUGGAAGUGGCCCAGAUUGACAGAUUGUCAACUUGGGCGCUAAGAUGCCUAGGCACCGGGUGUCUGGGUGCUCAAAAAUAAAAGUUCUCAAAAUCUAAUUCUAAUGCCUCAAAUAUAUUUGUGGUAUGAAAGUUUGACCCAUUUGCACUAAGAUGGUCCCAAAAACUAAAACCCUAGUUAAUGUUGUCAACUUGGGCACUGGGUGAAACCCUAGAUGUCCAAGUUGACUUUCGAGGUGUUGGUUCGUGUAUUUUUAGCUCCUAAGGCCUAGACUUGGUUGUUCCGUGUCUAAAUGGUACAUGAUACUGAAUGAUAGUGAGUUGGAAACUGCACCCUAGUUUUUCCCUUUGGGAGUUGACCAAUCAGGUCUAUUCUCCAUACAACGAAGGGCCGAGGAGACUGCAUCAUCGUGAGCUCGAUGGGUGGAGCUCUAGGAAUCUUCGAGAAUCUUUGGCCCUUGUCACAUGUUUUGACAUAGUCCAUCAAAUCCUCGAUCAUUGUUGGCCAAAAGUACCCCUGUCAGAGUAUCUUUUUGGAUAGGCUUUGCCCCCGACAUGAUUGUCGCAGAAGCCUUCAUGCACUUUUAUCAUCAAACGCUUGACUUCUAUCUUAGUGACACACCUUAAGAGCAGCAUUGAGAAGCUUCAUCUAUACUUUACUCCAUCUAGGAUUAGAUACCUAGUAGCUUUUCUUCUCAUCUUUUUUGCCUCAUUUUUGUUUUCAGGCAAGGCUCCAAUUUGGAGGUAAGUUGCAAUAGGUGUCAUCCAGGUUGGACUGUCGUCCAUCAUGUCGAAUUCUUUAGGGAUGGUAAUGCUACGUUCUUUCAAGAACUGUAUUGGCACCAAGUUUUCCUUGUCGGCAAUGGUGUUGCUUGCCAGACAGGUAAGUGCAUCUGUUGUGGCAUUCUGUUCUCUGGGGAUCUGCCUUAUUGUAUAGCCUUUGAGCUAACUUAGCAAGUCUUGGAUCUUGCUCAAAUAGGCCAUCAUUAUUUCACCUCGAGCUGUGUAUUCACAUAGGACAUGAUUUAUGACUAGUUAAGAGUUGCUAUAUAUGUCUAGGUGGUCAGCCCGUACUUCGUGCGCUAGUUGAGGUUAGCAAUCAGGGCUUCAUAUUUAGCCUUGUUGUUAGAGGCUUUGAAGCCAAAUUUAAUUACUUUAUGCAGCUGUUUUCCCAGGUUUUAUGAGGGCAAUGCCUGCACCGGACAAUGUUGGAAAUAUCUUACCAGGAUCUAGAUUUACUAAUGUUGACCUCACUUUUAGCCAACGACAAUGAGUCUAAUUUAGUAAGCGACAAGUAGUUUAUAACAAUUGAAAUAUAAUAAAGCAAUAUAAGGACACAGUAAUUUUAUAGAGGUUCAGCCUCGAGCAAUUCGGUAAUAGCCUAAUCCUCGUUAUUUGUAUUAACUCAAGAACGAGGAGAAAGGUUCCUUUUCUUAUAGCUCUUGCAACAAUAUCUUUGAAUAUGAAUUCUUAGAUAAUAUCUCUCAAGUGAAAUCUUUCGACCCUUUGCCCAGUGAACAUGCAUCACUAUUUAUAGGGCUAUGAGCUUGAAGGAGAAGUAUUUCCCUUCUCGUCACAAUGGAUAUAAGCAGAAAGAUUGCAUAGUAAAUGAGAAUACACUGAUCGUGGGAUUUGGACAGCUUGCCAUAUCUCUACAAUUUGAUCCCCAAGUUAUAAGGAUUUCUUUGAUGACUCACGAUGCGAAAGCUAAAUUUGCUAAGUGUUGAUCACUCUGUGCGGAUUGUUGAUCGCUUGGCUUUGAGCAUCCAUAUGAGGUAUCCUAUUCGAACUAUAUCUUGCGAGCAAAUACUUAGAGUCGAUUCCACGUGUCACCAUCAUGUGAUUCCACGUGAGAGUGUAAAAAUUGGGAUAAUAUUUGCCCCCCAAGUCUAUACGGGACUUCCGAAGGAACGUGUAGACUUCAUCCGAGCUAUCUUUGCGUUUGAAUGGGAGACACAUGUCAAGCGCAUCUGUUCUCGACUCAAUGUGAGGCUGACUGGGCGUCCCUUCGGUUUUUAGCUAAUAAAUGCUCUAACAAUUAAUAUUUUGAAAUUCGAUUUUCUCUCACCACGAUUGACGACAACACUUGAUUACUUUUGAUUUCCAAUAUUCGCUUUUGGGGGAAACCAAAGCGUCUAAGGUUCUUUUGAAAUGAUUACCCCUUUUCAUUGUUUGCCUAUAAAUACCAGUGAGCAUUUGUGCACAAACUCAUUUUCACCAUCUUUCCUUGCUAAGUAAGUUGAGAGCGAAAAGAGAGGUUUUUGGCUUCGAGUUUGCUGAAGUGCCUUCAUCAAAACUGCUCGUUUGGCUUGGCGUAUUUUGAAUCCAGACAUCUGAUCCUUGAGUAAGUUCUCAAUUUCCUUUAUGUUUACUUUGCACAUUUACUUUCUGAAUGUACCUUCGACUUUUUUGUAGAAGAUAUGUAGGAAACCCUAAGUUUAGAAACUCUGUAAUUUUCCUUUGUCGUGGUUCAUGCGAUUUCAUCGUCCAUGAUGCUUUGCUUUUUGAACCGUAUAAUGCCUGUCUUUCAUUUUGCUUAUUCUAAGCUUCAUGAAAUUUUUUGCCCUAACUCGAGAAAAUUUCAAACUUCCUGAAUUUUGACUUUUCGUUGAAUAUUCUUAUUCUUUAAUUUGUUGAGUACUCCUGGUCGGCAUAUUUGCUUGUUUUAACGUUUGAUAUUCCGACCAAACACUCAUCUUGCGUGUUGUCUUUUAUAGAUGAACCCAGGUGAGUUUUGGGGAAGCGAACACCGAAUAGACCAGGACUUGCUUCAACUCUUGCGCGAGGAUCAUCCUCGUCUUCGUUCUAACCCAACUUCUUCGAGUGAAAGGCACCUUCCUUAAAUCUUUUGUCCAGCCAUAGAAUGAUGGCUCGUACUAAGAAGACAAUGCGUAGGGUUGACACAUCUGACCCUCAAGUGGCCUGGCACGCCCAGGAGGGGGAGGAUCAUGAAGGGGACGCUGAGGUCCAAGAGAUUGAAGAGCAGGACGAUGUCCGUCCUAGCAAUCCCUUUGAGGCAGAGGAAGAGGAGGAGGUUGCACUCCCAAACUAUGGGGGAUACAAUGAGGCUGGGGAGCCAGUCGAUGCUGAUGGCGACAUCCUGGUUGAGGGCGUGGACUACGCCAGUGAGGAACUUACUGCUGCGGUUCCUCAUAGAAGGCAAGGUACCUUGGGUGCCAGGUGGGUGAGCCCUCCGUCCAAGGUUAUUGAGGCGUGCCUGCGGGAUCUCGACCAAGAUGGCUACCUGGGCGAAUUGGACUGUUACAUUCCCGCUCACAAUAACCGAGCCGCAAACCUUGAGAGGGGAAUGUGCUCUUGGUCGGGUGCUCAUGCCUAGAAAAGGGCAUUGUUGCCUUUGCACCCGUAUUUUAGGAAUGUGGCAGACUUCUUCCGCCUCUGUCUGACCCAAUUUACUCCCAAGGGCAUUAAAUAUCUGUCCGCCCUCUUCGUUCUCUAUGCCUCCCAGAAGUGGGAUAUGCCUUCUCCCCACGAGGUUAGCUGAUUUUUUGAUUUAAAGUCCACCCCUAAGCAAGGCAGGUCGGGGUACUUAUACUUCUCUCAACCAGACUUCAAGUGGUUGACGGGCACCGGGGAUAAGGCCAUUAGCAAAAUUGGGCAUUUUUUUGAUGAGUACUUCAUGGUGGAUGGCAUGGGCACCACCCAUACUCGGUUCCAGCAAAUCCCCACAUAUCACCGCCCUCCCUUCACUCUUGCUCUUAGAGAUAGAGCUCAAUGGCUUGCUCAACUGCCGGGGGAUGACCGGAAUAUCAUCUAGUUGACAUCCGAGGACAACUUUGUGAAGUACGGGCUCUAUCCGAAGGAUUUCAUUCCUAAGCCAGUGAAGGGGAGUUAGAGGAAAUCUGGCGCUUGACGGGCUGAGAGAGCUCAUCAGGAGGAUGAGCUGAUUCAACUAAAGCAUGAGGCUAAGUUGAAAGGAGUUUCAAGGGCCAAACAGUAUGCUCAAGAGCCCUUGAAUCCUGAAGAUGAGGCUGAGGAAGAGCAGGUGACUCCGCUCAAAAGGAGGAAGAAACUUUCAGCCCAGUCCAGGCCCGUUGAAUAUGCCAUUCAAAUUAGGGAGCCCAGUUCACUUGCUCGGCCAUCUUCUCCCGUGCUAGGAAAAGGGAAAGCUGUUAUGGCAGAGAUAAGAGACUUGUCAAGUGAUGAUGGACUUUCAAGUCUUGCCCGGAUAAUCGUCUUGCAGGCUACUCCGUCUCAUUUUUAAACUUCCUGACUAUUGUAUUUUAUGCUUCUGAUGUCUUUUUCCUCUAACCAUGUUGUUUUUGUUCCAUGCAGACAUGUCUCAAAAGAUGCUCGAUGCUCUGAAGAAGAGAGUUGGAGGAAGCUCAAGCGUAUCUCCUCUGGCCAAGAAAUCUAGGGUCAUUGAGGCGACCCCUUCCAAGAAUAAGGCGCCGGCCGAGGAGGUUAUUGACCUUUUCGAGGAGCUAACUAUUGCAAACCCCUCUACUCCAAAAGUUGCUAAGUCCAAAGAUUCUCGAGGGGGAAGCUCGGACAGGCUCGACCAAUCAAAAGGUGGAUCCGAGCAGAUGCGGGACUCCACCUUUGCCAGUGCAGCUAGAGGCUAAGAAAGGCAAGGAGAUGCUCGCUCAUUACAUGAACUGGUUGGUUCCUGAGGUAAGUGAGCAACUGGCCAGCGCUGACUACGAAUCUUCUCUGGAGCUGCUGAUGGGAGGAGUCUUGAAGGAAUUCAUAAGGGCUGGUCUGAAGUUGGCCUACACUUACUCCCGAGCUAAGUCUGUUGCCUCCAAGAACGCUGCUCUGUCCAACACCAUGAAGGCGGAGGUGGACUUGGCCCGGAAGGACGCUGAUGAUGCCAGGGUGGAGCUUGGAGUUGUUCGGAUUGAACUGGGUGAGGUCAAUAAGAAGCUUUUUAUUGCUGAGAAGAAAGUAGCCGAGUUGGCUAAAGAUCUCGAGGCUUCUGACCAGCUUGAGGCUACCAUUGGCUCCCUAUCGGCACAAGUUAAUAGCCUUCAAGAGGAAAGGGGAGUUCUUCGGACUGUCUUCCAUCAGCAGGAUGAGGAGAAGAAGACCAAGGAGGAGGAUCUUACAACCGAGAUUGAGAAGUACAAGUCAGAGGUGACGAGGCAGGAAGAAAAAGUGCAUGCCUUAGAGGCAGCUGGUCUCGAGAUUUUUUAUGACUUUUAGAAGGCUAACCCCCAAGAAAAUUUUUAUUACCUGGGCGAGGCCAAAGACAUGUAUCUCGAGUACUGUGCUUCUCAAGUGGCUUAUGGUGAACCAGAUGCGACUGCUUCUACCUCUGGCCAGCUCCUACCGGCCUAGAAGAUCCGAACCGAGAGCCUGGGACUCCAACUGUUUAACUGCUUCUCUUUUAUCCUUCUUUUUAUAUAUCUUAUUCGGCCAUAAGGCCUUUUUUUAAGACAUCAUGACCGGCCAAGCGGUCUUUAAAAUUGGAAUUAUUUUUCAUUUUACAGACAACAGGCUGACCGGACAGAUUUUAAUCCUGGUAUUACGUGCUUUUGUUAUCUUUAAUGAAUUUCAUUCUCUGUUUAUAAUAAUCGUGCAAUUGUGUUUGUUUUAUCUUUACCAAAUGCUUUGUACAGGUAUAGGUGCCCCCCAAGUGACCGAGCAGACUUAUGACUCUUGGUCACUUGUUUUUUACAAGUAUGCUUUUGGAGUCUUGGGUUCGACCAGACCUUUUGUACGCACUGGAUGGUAAAUUAGCAACAUGUUAGUAAUUUCGACUCAAUUUGAAUUUUGAAAU